GCGAAGAGAAGGGAGAAGGGGUCCAUACCUGCAUCAAGCGAACAACGAGAGCCAAGACUUUCUAAAAACUCUUCUCUGUUCAGGCAAAACUCCCCGUUGAAUUUCCUCUCUCCCAACCCAAACCUAAUCACAAACUCUCUGUCACCAAGAAAAUGAUAUGAUUUUUAAUGCCUUCAGUGUUAACACUCAUUUUCAAAACCAUGUCUUUGAGAAUAAAAGCGGUAGUCGACAAGUUCGUGCAGGAGCUCAAGGAGGCUUUGGAUGCAGACAUACAAGACAGGAUUAUGAAAGAAAGAGAGAUGCAGAGUUACAUCGAAGAACGUGAACGUGAAGUCGCCGAGCGUGAAGCCGCUUGGAAGGCUGAGCUUUCCCGUCGUGAAGCUGAGAUUGCUCGACAAGAAGCUAGGUUGAAGAUGGAGAAAGAGAACCUAGAGAAAGAGAAAAGUGUCCUUAUGGGGACCGCAUCAAAUCAAGAUAACCAAGAUGGAGCUCUUGAGAUUACUGUAAGUGGAGAAAAGUAUCGAUGCCUCAGGUUUGCAAAGGCAAAGAAGUGAGGCUUUACAACAAAGGGAGUAGAAACAAGGGUAGAUUUCAUCGUUCUCUGCUAACGUAUUUCUUAAUUUCCCUUGCCCACUUUUCUAUUCAUUCAAAUGCAUAAUUAUUUAAAUUUAGUUAUGCAUUUCAAUCAAACUAGAAUUGAUUAUGCUCCUGAGUGUGAAUUGAUUCAAUCAAGAAAGAAGGCAUAUGAUUUAUGAAA